AGUUCGAUCGCAGUUGUGAACUUAGCUAGUUGUAUUGAACUUUAUUAUUUUAUACUACAUCUCUAAGUAAAAGUAACAAUGUUACAACUACCACUGAUUUUAUUAGGAUUAGUUCUCUUACUAACGUGGUACCUAAUCGGUAGACAUAAUGAAAACUAUUGGAAGGCACGUGGUGUGAAGUUCUACAGCAAGAACAAAGUGAUUGGACCAUCUUGGGACUACCUCUUUACGAAAGGUGCAAUGUUCGAGAAAUUUGGUGAACUAUACAAAGCGUAUAGAAAUGAGCCGGUUGUAGCCAUUGGACAAAUCCUGACACCUUCAUUGUUCGUCAUAGAUGCCAAGAACGUGCAACACGUAUUAUCCUCAGACUUUCAAUCUUUCAAUCAUAGAGGACUUGAUAGUGUGGAGGGUGACCAACUGACUGAGUCCAUAACCCUACUAAAUGGACCCAAGUGGAAGUUAAUGCGAAAAACCAUGACUCCAUUAUUCACAUCAAGCAAAUUGAAGAACAUGUAUUACAUUAUGGACAAAUGUGCGCAAGACUUCGUGACUUAUUUAAAACGUGACCCCAAACUAUGGAAAGGCAAUUUCUUUGAAUCUGCCAUGCUUUACUGCAAUGCUGCCGUUUGUGCUGCUAUUUUUGGAAUCGGAGAACAAUCAACAUUUGAGUCCCCAUUUCUGAAGUUUGCUAAAGAUGUGUCGAUUUCAUCUUUCAAGAAUAAUAUGAAGUUCACAUUCUUUUCUCUUGCCCCGAAGCUAUUUACGAUGUUAGGGUUGAAAGUGUUUAAGGAGCAUGAGGACUUUUUCGUUGGAGCAAUAGGUGACGUAAUUAAACAGAGAGAAGAAGAGAACGUAAAAAGGCACGAUUUCGCUGAUUUAUGUGUUCAACUGCAGAAGAAUGGUACUCUGAAGGAUCAAGCGACGGGUUAUGAAUUGGAGCCUACGACUGGCUUGUUGUCCGCGCAGGCAUUCUUCUUCUUCACGGCGGGUGUGGAACCGGCUGCCGACGGCAUUUUUGCAACAUUCGCUUUACUCAGUCAGCACCCAGAAAUUUUACAAAAGGUUCACCAAGAAAUUGACGAAUAUUUCGAAAAAUACGACGGGAAAAUAACAUACGACGUUGUUUGUGACAUGGAGUAUGUAGAUAAAGUGCUUAGUGAGUCGCUAAGAAUGUUCCCACCGAUUGGUUUUUUGACUAGACAGUGCAUUCAUGACACUGUGCUGCCAGUUGGUAAUGUCAAAGUAGCUAAGGGAACAAAACUGUUCACACCUAUUUAUGAAAUACAUCAUGAUCCCAAAUAUUACCCGGACCCUGAAGUGUUUGACCCGGAACGAUUCUCUAAGGAGAGGAGACCCAACGAUGAUCUUUAUAUGCCAUUUGGAAUGGGAAACAGGACAUGCAUAGGAGCCAGGUAUUCUAAAUUGCAACUUUUGGCAGCUAUAGUUCACGUUCUUAGAUCAUUUACUCUUAAACCUAUCCCAGAAAGCCAGCAGAAGAAAGUAACAUUCCUCCGACAUGCGAUUGGUGUAAGAAUAGGAAAUGUAAAAGUGGAGCUUAUUCCUAGAGAUACAAAAUGAGUUUUUCAAUGUACCUAUUUUAUAAAAUGGAUUUAUGCUCUGGAUUCACGAAUCAAUAUUCAGGCCUGUAUUAAUGUUAGUUGAUUUUUUUUUUAUAAUUGAUUAAAUAUUUGAAUGUUA